AAGAGACCAAGGACUCAAGGGGAACAUGAAGGUCAGCUACACGGUGCUGGUAGUGAUCGCGGUGGCGCUGCUGGCGGCGCUGCCAAGCUCGAGCGCUGAAGUACGUCAGCAAGUGGCGACUAGCGAGAUGAAGUGGGUCCAUCUGCGCCGGGCUCUACACGAAUCCGCGACGAUUGUGGACGCCAGCGCCGAAGUGGAGGACGCCGAAGGGGAAUCUGCUGACUCCGACGCGGAUUCUGUUGCUGAAGAGGAGCAAGAGUUUGACGAGGCGGAAAAGGAGGACAAGACGACCCAAGCCCCGCCGACGAGCGACGCGUCGAGCGACUUGGUCUCUGAAGAAGAAGAGGAAUUCAACGACGACGACGAGUGCACCGACUGCGUCAUCGGCAGAAGCCGACGAGGUCGAACAAGAAGAAGAAGAGAAUAAAGAAGUGUACACAAGCGGGUCUAGUGCUGCGGUCGCGCAGUCGACGACGAGUCCGCCGACCGCGUCAUCGGCAGAAGCCGACGAGACCGAACAAGAAGAAAACGAAGAGAAGACUGAAAAGUCUACAAGUGGAUCUAGUGUUGCAGUCACACAGUCGACGAGUGAUGCGGAGCCGGUGGCAAGUGAGAGCGUGCAGGAAUCGUCCGGUACUUCCUCGACGGAGUCGACAUCGGUCACGGAGAGUGAAGCAGGCAGCGAGUCUGACAGCGACGACAGUGACGAAGCAUCCGACGCCUCCGACAGCGACGACGACUCGUCCGAGAGUGUUGAUGACGAGAGUGACGAAUCGUCGGAAGACGCUGAAAGCAACUCGGUAGAUGCGACGUACGA